AUGCAAAAUGUCUACAGAAACAUCAGAGGAGUGGACCAGCAGAGCUCAGAGGUUCCCAGUGGUCAGUCUGCCCAGCAGCAUCAAACACAGCUGGACUCCAUAUUUAUGCUGCUGGAGGACAACAUCAUCACUUUUGUGAAGAACGAGCUGAAGAAGAUCCAGAAGGUUCUGAGUCCAGAUUACCCAGAAUGCUUAGAGAGUCAGAGGGAGGAUGAUGAGGAGGGGAGGAGGAGCAGAGAGGCAUGUGUGAAGAUCACAGUGGACUUCCUGAGGAGAAUGAAGCAGGAGGAGCUGGCUGACCGUCUGCAGAAACUUCAUGCUGCAGUUUGUCACCAUAACCUUAAAUCCACCCUGAAGAAGAAGUUCCAGUGUGUGUUUGAGGGCAUCGCUAAAGCAGGAAGCCCAACCCUUCUGAAUCAGAUCUACACAGAGCUCUACAUCACAGAGGGAGGGACUGCAGAGGUCAAUGAUGAACAUGAGGUCAGACAGAUUGAAACAGCAUCCAGGAAACCAGACACACCAGAAACAACCAUCAGACAAGAAGACAUCUUUAAAGCCUCACCUGGAGGAGAUGAACCAAUCAGAACAGUGCUGACAAAGGGAGUGGCUGGCAUUGGGAAAACAGUCUUAACACAGAAAUACACCCUGGACUGGGCUGAAGACAAAGCCAACCAGCACAUCCAGUUCAUAUUUCCAUUCACUUUCAGAGAGCUGAAUGUGCUGAAAGAGGAAAAGUUCAGCUUGGUGGAACUUGUUCAUCACUUCUUUACUGAAACCAAAGAAGCAGGAAUCUGCAGCUUUGAAGACUUCCAGGUUGUGUUCAUCUUUGAUGGUCUGGAUGAGUGUCGACUUCCUCUGGACUUCCACAAAACUACAAUCCUAACUGACCCUAGAAAGUCCACCUCAGUGGAUGUGCUGCUGAUAAACCUCAUCAGGGGGAAACUGCUUCCCUCUGCUCGCCUCUGGAUAACCACACGACCUGCAGCAGCCAAUCAGAUCCCUCCUGACUGUGUUGGCAUGGUGACAGAGGUCAGAGGGUUCACUGACCCACAGAAGGAGGAGUACUUCAGGAAGAGAUUCAGAGAUGAGGAGGAGGCCAGCAGGAUCAUCUCCCACAUCAAGACAUCACGAAGCCUCCACAUCAUGUGCCACAUCCCAGUCUUCUGCUGGAUCACUGCUACAGUUCUGGAGGAUGUGCUGGAAACCAGAGAGGGAGGACAGCUGCCCCAGACCCUGAGUGAGAUGUACACCCACUUCCUGGUGGUUCAGGCCAAAGUGAAGAAGGUCAAGUAUGAUGGAGGAGCUGAGACAGAUCCACACUGGAGUCCAGAGAGCAGGAAGAUGAUGGAAUCUCUGGGAAAACUGGCUUUUGAUCAGCUGCAGAAAGGAAACCUGAUCUUCUAUGAAUCAGACCUGACAGAGUGUGGCAUCGAUAUCAGAGCAGCCUCAGUGUACUCAGGAGUGUUCACACAGAUCUUUAAAGAGGAGAGAGGACUAAGGACUAAGAAACCAGUCUACUGCUUUGUUCAUCUGAGCAUUCAGGAGUUUCUGGCUGCUGUCUACAUGUUCCACUGUCACAACAACAGGAAGAGAAAGGUGCUGAAGGACUUCUUUGGGAAAAAAUAUAAAGAGUCAUCGUUGGAUGAUUUUCUGAAGCAAGUCAUGAGAAAAUCCCUCCAGAGUAAAAAUGGCCACCUGGACCUGUUUGUUCGCUUCCUUCAUGGCCUCUGUCUGGAAUCCAACCAGAGACUCUUAGGAGGUCUGCUGGGUCAGACAGAGAUCAGUCCAGGAACCAUCCAGAGAGUCAUCAACAACCUGAAGAAGAUGAACAGUGAUGAAAUCUCUCCUGACAGAAGCAUCAACAUCUUCCACUGUCUGAUGGAGAUGAAGCACCUCUCAUUAUUUGAGGGGAUCCAAGAGUUCCUGAAGUCAGAUAAGGAACUCUCUAUGAUCCAGUGCUCAGCUCUGGCCUUCAUGCUGCAGAUGUCAGAGGAGGUUCUGGAUGAGUUGGACCUGCAGAAGUACCAAACAUCAGAGCGGGGACGACAGAGACUGAUUCCAGCUGUGAGGAACUGCAGAAAGGCUCUACUGAUUAACUGUGGACUCUCAGAGACUCACUGUGAAGUUGUGGCCUCAGCUCUGAAGUCCAACCCCUCCCAUCUGACAGAGCUGGACAUGAGUGAGAACAAGCUGGAUGAUUCAUCAGUGAAUCUUCUGUGUGCUGGACUGGAGAGUCCAAACUGUCGACUGGAGACUCUGAGAUUGUACCGCUGUGGUUUGUCAGAGAUCAGCUGUGAUUAUCUGGCAGCAGCACUGAAGUCCAACCCCUCCCAUCUGAGAGAGCUGGAGCUGAGCAGAAACAACAAGCUGCAUGAUUCAGGAGUGAAGCAUCUGUGUGGUUUCCUGGAGAGUCCAGGAUGUAAACUUGAAACUCUGAGAUUGAGGGGCUGUGGUUUGUCAGAGAUCAGCUGUGAUUAUCUGGCAGCAGCACUGAAGUCCAACCCCUCCCAUCUGAGAGAGCUGGACUUGACCUACAACAACCAGCAGGAUUCAGGAGUGAAGCAGCUGUGUGGCUUUCUUGCGAGUCCAGAAUGUGCACUUGAAACUCUGAGACUGAGUGGCUGUAACCUCUCAGAGAGAAGCUGUGAUGCUCUGUCCUCAGUCCUCAACUCCCAGUCCUCUAGUCUGAAAGAGCUGGACCUGAGUAACAAUGACCUGCAGGAUUCAGGAGUGAAGUUUCUGUCUGCUGUACUGCAGAGUCCACAUUGUACACUGGAAACUCUCAGAUUGAGGAGCUGUAGUUUGUCAAAAAACAGCUGUGAUUAUCUGGGAGCAGCGCUGAAGUCCAAUCCCUCCCAUCUGAGAGAGCUGGACCUGAGCUACAACAAGCUGCAUGAUCAUGGAGUGAAGCAUCUGCGUGGUUUCCUGGAGAGUCCAGGAUGUGGACUUGAAACUCUGAGAUUGUGGGGCUGUAGUUUGUCACCGAUCAGCUUUCUCUGUCUGGCACCGGCGCUGAAGUCCAAUCCCUCCCAUUUGAGAGAGCUGGACCUCAGCUACAACGAGCUGUAUGAUCAUGGAAUGAAGAUGCUGUGUGUUUCUCUGCAGAGUCCAGGAUGUGGACUUGAAACUCUGAGAUUGAUGGAAUGUGGUUUGUCAGAGGUCAGCUGUGAUUAUCUGGUAACAGCUCUGAAGUCCAACCCCUACCAUCUGAGAGAGCUGGACCUGAGUAACAACAACAAGCUGCAGGAUUCAGGAGUGAAGCAUCUGUGUGGUUUCCUGAAAAGUCCAGGAUGUGGACUUGAAACUCUGAGAUUGAGGAAAUGUGGUUUGUCAUCAAAAAGCUGUGAUUAUCUGGGAGCAGCGCUGAAGUCCAAUCCCUCCCAUCUGAGAGAGUUGGACCUGAGUAACAACAACCUGCAGGACUCAGGAGUACAGCAUCUGUGUGGUUUCCUGGAGAGUCCAGGAUGUGGACUUGAAACUCUGAGUCUGUCAGGCUGUCUGAUCACAGAGGAAGGCUGUACUUCUCUGGCCUCAGCUCUGAGCUCCAACCCCUCCCAUCUGAGAGAGCUGGACCUGAGCUACAAUCAUCCAGGUGACUCAGGAAUGAAGCUGCUGUCGGCUGGACUUGAGGAUCCAGGCUGGAGACUGGACACUCUCAGACUGAGUGGCUGUAACCUGUCAGACAGAAGCUGUGAAGCUCUGUCCUCAGUCCUGAGCUCCCAGUCCUCCUGUCUGACGGAGUUGGACCUGGGUAACAACAACCUGCAGGAUUCAGGACUGAAGCUUCUGUCUGCUGGGAUGAAGAGUCAAUACUGCAAACUGGAAACACUGAGACUGAGUGGCUGUAACCUGUCAGAGAGAAGCUGUGAAGCUCUGUCCUCAGUGCUGAGCUCCCAUCCAUCACAUCUGAGCGUGCUGGACCUGAGUAACUCUGACCUGCAGGAUUCAGGAGUGAAGUUUCUGUGUGCUGGAUUGAAGAGUCCACACUGUAAAAUGGAAACUCUCAGACUAACUCAGUGUGGACUCUCAGAGACUCACUGUGAAGUUGUGGCCUCAGCUCUGAAGUCCAACCCCUCCUGUCUGACAGAGCUGGUCAUGAGUCUGAACAACCUGCAGUGUUCAGCAGUGAAGCUUCUGUGUGCUGGACUGGAGAGUCCAAACUGUCGACUGGAGACUCUGAGACUUGAGGGCUGUGGUUUGUCAGAGAUCAGCUGUGAUUAUCUGGCAGCAGCGCUGAAGUCCAACCCCUCAUAUCCCAGAGUGCUGGACCUGAGUGGAGACUACAAAAACCUGCAGGAUUCAGGAGUGAAGCAACUGUGUGUUCUUCUGGAGAAUUCACGAUGUCGAUUUGAAACUCUAAAAUUGAGGAGCUGUGGUUUGUCAGAGAUCAGCUGUGAUUAUCUGGCAGCAGCACUGAAGUCCAACCCCUCCCAUCUGAGGGUGCUGAACCUGAGCUCCAACAACAACCUGCAGGAUUCAGGAGUGAAGCAUCUGUGUGGUUUUCUGGAGAGUCCAGGAUGUAAACUUGAAACUCUGAGAUUGGAGGAGUGUGGUUUGUCAAAGAUCAGCUGUGAUUAUCUGGCUGCAGCACUGAAGUCCAACCCCUCCCAUCUGAGAGAGCUGGACCUGAGCUUCAACAACCUGCAGGAUCCAAAUGUGAAGCAGCUAUCUGAUCUUAAGCAGAGUCCAGACUACAGACUGGAGACCCUGAGAUUAAGUCACUGUUUCCUCUUAGAGAGAAGCUGUGAAGUUCUGUCCUCAGUUCUUAGCUCCCCAUCCUCUAGUCUGAGAAAGCUGGACCUGAGUAACAACAACCUACAGGAUUCAGGAGUCAAGCUUCUGUCUGUUGGAUUGGCAAGUCCACACUGUAAACUAGAAACUCUCAGACUAAGUGGCUGUAAACUCUCAGACAGAAGCUGUGAAACUCUGUCCUCAGUUCUCAGCUCCCAGUCCUGUAGUCUUAGAGAGCUAGACCUGAGUAACAACUGUCUGAAUGAUUCAGGACCGAAGAUGCUGAAGAGUCUAAACUCUACAAUUAUCAGGUCAGAUCAAGUGAUGCACUAA